AGCAUAGGUUUAUGAAUGAGAAUCCUGCCCCUCUUCUCUCUCUUUCAGAAAUCAGAUAUAGAUACUCUUUUGGCACUUCGAGAAAGGGAAAAAAUUAAUAAUAAUGAUAAUAAAGAAAGAAAGUUAAAUUUGAAGUACAAAAUGGAUGUCGUAACGUUCGGAAUCAUAGUCGGCAUAAUCUUGCUAUUUUUAUGCAUCGUUUGCUUCAUCACCAUUGAAGGCACCUGCAAGCGCCGCCACUCCUAAAUCCCUCCGCCUAACGGGCUCCCUGCUUUCUAGGGCCCUGUUAUUUACAAAAUCCUACUACUUGGAAGGAAUGGCGUGCCCUAAGAGUCAGAUCCGUUGUUUGCUGUUGUUUCCGGCUUUGGUUUUUGCGCUAUUCUCGGGUCCGAUCUUCGGCCAUUCUGAAAUUUGUGCGUCGCAGGUUCAUGAGUCCCAUAGUCAUCACCACUGCGAUCACGGACACGACCAUGCUCAUCACGAUCAUCAUCAUGAUGUUUCCUUGAAGCUUCCGGAAGAGUUGGCUGAGGAGGAGGAUCUGAAGUUGGACGGGUUCGGGUUCGGGUUCGAACACGACUACGAACAUGGUCACGAGCAUUUUGCUGCUUCGGAGCUCUCGGGCUUAGGUCUUUGGGUACAUGCACUGGGUUGCUCUUUUUUGGUGAGCAUGGCUUCUCUUGUAUGUCUAAUUAUCCUGCCAGUAAUAUUUGUACAAGGGAAACCGUCCAAGGCCAUUGUCGAUUCAUUAGCUUUAUUUGGGGCAGGAGCUAUGUUAGGAGAUGCUUUUCUUCAUCAAUUACCGCAUGCUUUUGGUGGAGAACAUUCCCACUCGCAUGAUCACCAUGCAGACAAUGCCUAUGAUGCUCAUUCUAGUGAUCUCUUGCAUUCACAUUCUUUGAAGGACCUCUCUGUCGGAAUUUCCAUUCUGGCUGGCAUUGUAGUUUUUCUUCUUGUAGAGAAGGCAGUGAGGUAUGUGGAAGAUAACUCUGGAGGAACUCAUGGAUGGAGUCAUGGCCAUCACCAUCAUCAUAAUAAGAGCAGUAAGAAAUUGAAGGGUGAUAAUGAUGCUCAUGACAUUGUGCAGUCACAAUCUUUGAGUGGAAAAAGAGAGACGAUGGAAACGUCAACUGAAGGAAAAGUUUUAUGUGAAGUGUCGAAUGAUUCUUCGAAUGGAGAUGAUGUGACCCAGCAUAAACUUCUUAAAAAGAGAAGCACUGGUGGUGGUGCUAGAGAAGAUAAAGCCAUUGUAGAUACUACAAAUAGCUUCACCGAUAAUUCUUAUCUCAAAGAAAAAGAUCCGGAUCGAUCGUCCACAAAUCUUGUGUUUGGUUAUCUCAAUCUCUUUUCUGAUGGUGUUCACAAUUUUACUGAUGGAAUGGCUCUGGGAAGUGCUUUCCUUCUUUAUGGAUCUGUUGGCGGGUGGUCUAGAACUCUAUUUUUGCUUGCACAUGAGCUUCCUCAAGAGAUUGGAGAUUUUGGCAUUCUUGUGAGGUCUGGUUUCAGUGUCUCCAAAGCCCUCUUUUUCAACUUCCUAUCUGCACUGGUGGCUCUAGCAGGAACUGCAAUGGCUUUGCUCUUGGGGCAAGAUCCAGGGCAGUCGUCUUUCAUCGAGGGAUUUACUGCCGGUGGAUUUAUAUACAUUGCAGUUGCUGGAGUGCUUGCAGAAAUGAAUAGCAACGCCAAGUCCUCGUUGAAAUGUACAGCAAUCCAUAUAACCUCACUAAUACUAGGCAUGGGUGUCGCCCUCUGGAUUUCCCUCGUAGAAUGAAUAUGUAUCAACUUUCAAUGCAAGUAACCGAGGCACAUGUAAAGUAUUGAUGCAUAUAUCUUUGAUACCUUUCAACAGCAUCCUUGGCUUUGAAGCACCCUACCUUUGUGAGGUUCACGUAAUAUUUAUAAAGCUAUUGUAUUGAAAGAGGAUAACAGAUUGGAAAGUGGUAGAGGUGAAACCUUGCCCUAUUUAGACGAUCUUACAUGCCGAUUGACAUAUCUUGUGUAAUAUGUUGAUUUGAGUGUAGAAAGAUGGUAAAUUUGUGAUUC